AUGACCGCCAUCACAAAUUCUUGCCAGUUCCACGGUCGUGACGACGAGGAUGCCCCCGCUCAUAUCAAUCGCAUCACUUGUCUCUGCAGCACCUUCUCCAUUGAGGGUGUCAAUCUUGAUGCUAGGUAUCUUCAGGUUUUCCCGUUCUCACUCGCUGGACGCGCAGCCGUCUGGUUCGAUUCCCAGCCCGCUGGCACCUUCACUACUUGGGCAGGUCUUCGCGAUGCAUUCUUAGCCAAGUAUUUUUCGCCAUCCAAGGCGUCUCGCCUUCGUGACCAGAUUCACUCAUUUCGUAUGGAGCCGGAUGAGCCGUAUCACUUAGCUUGGGAGCGUUUUCAAACCCUGAUAUCCCGUUGUUCUCAGCAUGGUCUAUCCGAUUGGGCGUUAGUCGAGAAAUUCUACAAUGGUCUUACUCCUGAGAUUAGAGCUCGCUUCGAUACUUCAGCAGGAGGUCAGCUUAUGGGAAAGAAGACGGUGGCUGAGUGCAAUUAUUUGUUUGAGAGCUUUGCCCACUCCGAUAUGGACUACAGCACUACCAGCAGGACUUCCAUUCCUGUGCGUACCACCUCGGCCGAUCGAGGGGUAAACCAAGUUAGCUUGGAUCCAUCGGUAACUACUGUAGUUGAGAAUUUGAGGCAGGAGUUGAGGCAGGAGAUGAGGCAGGAGUUGAGCGAGAUAAAGAAGAAAGUGGAUAGGUGUGAGGUAAGUGGUAAUUCGAGUGGUUAUUUUUCGUCUGGAAAUCCUCCUGGAUUUCCAUCUGGUCAGUAUCAGAGUAGAGGGCCCGGUUUUUACACGAGUUCUGGUUCAGGGCAGUUUAGUGGGUCAGGUUCGAGUGGGCAGUUUGCGAGUGGAGGAUCGACUCAGGAGAGUCAAGGUAGUGUAAAGGCUCCUGAGGGUAGUAUGAGCAGGUUGGAGGAGAUGUUCGCUCAGAUGAUGACGCAGACUCAGGCAUUCGUUAAAAAUCAGGAGCAGACUAAUAAAAAUAAUGAACUUCAGAUCAAGAAUCAGCAGGCCGCCAUUCUUGAUCUUCAGAGAACAGUGGGUGGGCUUGCUAAGCAGUUGCAGGAGCACCCGCCGAGUCAGUUUUCGGGAAACACCGUUCACGAAUCCCGCAAUUAG